CUUAACCUCUAGUUGCUCCAGGGGCUGCCUGACCCUGCCUUCUCAAAAAUGUCCAUCACUUUGGAUAAAAAAACAUUUGCUAAAUAAAUAAAACGUAAAUACACUCAGUGACAUAAAAAGUUAAGCACCCAGACAGAGUGGUGUAAAUGAAAUGAAUCUGCACGUGGUGAAAGGUCAUGUGACUGUAUGACAAUGAUUAUGUUACCAGAUCAAAAGGAUAACAGUGUUAGCGGUAUGGGCACACUGCUGGUCCCAUGUCAGUAGGGUGUGACACCCCCCCCCCGGGCCUGGAUACAUGCGGUGAUUCGGUCCAACAGCCGUUGUAUCCUCUCCUACAACAAGUCGGCCCACAGCUGUUGUAACUGGCCCUUGAGAUCCUACAGACUGGCACUGGGCCUGAGUUGAUGGGAACGCCUCGGGCAUGUAUAGGUGGGUACACCACGCACUGAUGGGGACGCCUCGGGCGGGUAUAGGUGGGUACACCACGCACUGAUGGGGGCGCCUCGGGCGGGUAUAGGUGGGUACACCACGCACUGAUGGGGGCACCUCGGGCGGGUAUAGGUGGGUACACCACGCACUGAUGGGGGUGCCUCGCAUGCCACGGAUGCAGACCUCUUCCUCUGAGAGAAAUGGGCCUCAAACUGAGCGAUUAAAAAAAAAAGAAAAACCCCAUCUGGCUGCCAUCUGUGGCCGAUAGGUGUGUGAAAUAUCACGGUCCGGCCUGAAUUUUCUCCAUGUUUCCUCAUGCUUCUGCUUUCCCGGGCGCUUUCCCAGUGGGCCGAUGCAUAUGUGGGCUGGCAAAAAUUCCCGCGAGGGACCCCAAAUUCCAGGCCCUGGACCUGCUCUUAACAUAAAAUGUCUGGCAGGUUUGUCUGCAUCUGCUGUGUGGCUGUUUAUAAUCUGGGGGCGGCGGUGGGGGAACACUCUGCUGCUCCGGGAGGAGGAGGAGGAGGAGGAGAAAGAGGAGGGUCCAGGUGGGCUUUGCGUCUUUGGUGAGCAGCUUUCUGAAGGGGCUCAGAAGAGCGUGAGGCUCUGACAUGAAAGGCAACCCCCCCAUGGCAUGCAGAGGGUCGGCUGCAGCCAGGCACUGCACUUUCCGGGAGUCUGGGGCGGUGCUGCUGCUUCUGGUGCUGCACUGGGCGGCGGGAUCUCCUUUCUGGGCCGGUCGGGAGGUUUCUGCUUCUGAAGAUGUUCUGCCAGGACCGGUUCUGAUCCGAUCCAGACGCUAUACCAUCAACCCUCUGGGCUAUAAGUGGGGACACUUUAACAUCACCUACAAGAUCACCAGGUUCCCCAGAACCCUGAACAAGGAAGACACACGCAAAGCCAUCGGUCUCGCCUUCGCCAAGUGGAGCGAAGUGUCACCGAUGUCCUUCACUGAAGUCACCCAGCCCAACAGGAGCGCCGACAUCACCAUUGGAUUCUACACCCACAACCACACGGACUGCUGGUGGGCCCCCCUGCAUCCCUGCUUUGACGGUGUGAAUGGGGAGCUAGCUCAUGCCUUCCUGCCCCCCCGUGGCGAGAUCCACUUUGACAACCAUGAAUUCUGGGUACUUGGCAGGUCCCGGUACAGCUGGAAACAAGGUGUGUGGCUCAAUGACCUCGUUCAGGUAGCUGCCCAUGAGAUUGGCCACGCCCUCGGUUUGUGGCACUCCAGGGAUCCAAGGGCCCUGAUGCACCCCAAUGCCACCUACACAGGUCAGCGGGACGUCACCCAGGAUGACGUGUGGGCCAUCCAGCGCCUCUACGGGUGCUUGGACAAGCGGAGAGUGUGUGACCCGUGGGCCCGACUCGGGUUCUGUGAGCAGAGGAGGAGCUUCAUGAAGAAGAACUGCCCUCGUCAGUGUGACCUCUGCAUGGAGCCUCUUGAUGCAGUUACCAUGCCAACACCACCCGCUUCCAACAUCAGAGUUAAACUUGUGCCCCGGGGCAGAGUGGCACGGUUCCGCUGCGGUGCAAACACUCCCAAAACUCCCUCCAAAGUCAGGUGGUACAAAGACGGGGAGCUGCUGGCAUCUUCGGUGCCCGGAUACAUCGCCAUGAAGGGCCACGAGCUACGGAUCGUAGCCAAUGAAUUCAACGAAGGCACAUACACAUGCCGACUCCUUCGCCGUGGCAACGUGGUCUCCGCAAACUCCUGGACCAUUCGCUUGAAGGCUGAGCGCUCCGGUGAGCCCGGUUGAACUCGGGCGCGGAAAUGCCACCCCGGCGUUUUUCCAUUGCGUUGGCCGAGCCCAGAUCUCCGAAAUGCCGCUUUGGACCAAUGACUGACACGGGAAACAUCAGCAUCAGGUUACGUCUCAGAACACAAAGCAUUCGGUCACGUGACGUGUAGGACAUCUGGUGGCCGCUUGAUCAAGUAAGCCUACAGCAAUGCUUGUGUUCACAUGAUCACACAACACUGUGGUCACACUUAUUUUUAAAGGUUACACAUUCUCUUUUUUUUCCUCUUAAAAUUAAAUUGACUGCAUCAGCAAUAAAUAUUACAUUUAUGUAGCA